GUUGCCAAGGGCUUGCGCCGCAUGUCCGUUGAGCUGGACAAUGCUGCCCUAGCUGCUCUGGCCGGUGGAGACCAGGCAUUGGUCUUGGAGCUCUUGCAGGAGCUGCAUGUUGUGUAUCAGCACUGGAUCUCCCAAGAGGCUAAGCGGCAGCGGCGGGCCAGGAACCGACGUGUGCAGUCGCAGGGGCAGCAGAACGGCUACGCCCGAGCUGGCGCAGCUGCCGGCGAUGCAUCAGAAAAGCGGGAUGCAGAGAAGCGGGAUGCAGCAGAGCGGCGGCAUGCAGCCGACAGACCGAAGGUAAGGGUUGGGCGCCAGGAACUUGAGACGAAGAGUUUCAGGCCCCCCGGCAAACGCCGCGCCUCAGUGGUUGCAAAAGCCUUCCACCAGCCGCCGGUUCUGGGCUUGCUGAGGUCUGGGCUCGCGGAUGUGGCUGCUCUGAUGUCCCAACGUUCCGGUGCACACGGACCUGCAGUAUCUGUGAUGGUGAGCUGCUGUGGCGACUCGCUCCUCCAGCUGACAUCGCAGUACUUGAAACAAACGGUGCGCGGCGAGCAGGAAUACUUGGCUGCGGCACAUCAUAUUUUACGGGCAAUGCUCAGCCAGAAGGACUUGGCAGAGGCUUGCCAUGAACAAGGAGUGCCAUCACACUUCCUGGCAAGAAGCCUGCAACGACUCGGUGAUGAGAGGAGUACCGCGGGAACCUUGCAAGCAGCCGCUCUCCUGGCGACAGAUCUUUGGCUUGCAGGUGUGAGCACCUCCUCACCACAAGAAGGCUUGGGGGACCUGCUCAGCGCGUUGAAGACAGCGACGCAGAGCAGGCAAGGACGAUGCCCGCACAUGGUUGCGUUCUCGUGCCUCGCCAGACUGCUGUCACGACUGUGCGACAACCAAGAUGUCGAAGGGACUCCAGCAGUGUACCGGACCUUUGUCUACGCGCUGGUUGAAUGCGAAAGCCACUCGUCGCGAGAAUUCGGCACACGCUGUUUGCUGAAUCUGCUUGAGAAGUACGAAGGGGUUCCGGUCGGGAUACUGGCGGAACUCAGUGUCAAGAAGUUUCAGGUCAGCGCUGCAGAACCCCUCACGGUCAUUGACAUCGAGCUUUUCCUGGUCAUCGCGAAGCACCCACGCUGUACCGAUCGACAUGCAGAGCUGUUGGCACAAGUGCUGGUUCGCUGUGCUUUGGAGAACCCUGAUGUUGGACGUGCUGCAAGCCUGCCCUUGCUGGUGAUAUUUCGGCGGUUUGCACGUGAGGACAGCCUCCAAGCAUUGUUCGAGCACUUCGUGCAGGCUGAUCCAACGCGGGACUCCGAAGAUGCAGGUCAAUCAGGCGCGAAGUUCAACCCGCAGCAUGAUUUCGUAGCCACGAUUAGCCACCUUUGCUGCGUCUGUGCUUAUUUGGGUGUUCCAUCCUUGGACAGACGAAUGCGACGACUUUUGCAAGAGGUCUGCAAAGCAUACCUGUCCAGCUACAUCGAGCUGCAUCCGAACUUGCAGGCGGUGCUGCAGCACUAUUCGCAGUCUGCUACCUGCGACGCAGUGGCCCACAUUGGAGCUAGCAAGCACGGCGCCUUCUUGAAUGCAAAGGACUCGCUUGUGGAUAGGUUGAGCUCCGAGAUGCUGCUGAGUAAGAGGGAGGUAGCUGCAUUCCGUCCAGAUGAAGGCUUGAUCCUCACUGUCACACUCGCAAUCACUGGCGGCGUCAAGAGGUUCGAGAACCCGGAUCCGAAUCCUCUCAGAAACGCGUCGGCGCCAUGGCCCGUCGGCCACGGCCGCGGCUCCGGGGUGGUGAUUUCGCUCUUGGAGACGCAUUCGGCGGUCACAGAGGAAGUGAAGAGCGAGAUUCACGAGUUAUUUUCUGGAGUUGCUGCCCAAUCCCUCUCCAAUGUAAGGCACUUUGACAGCUACCUGAGCUCGCUCGCAACCGCCCUGAUAUCAUUGUCAGAGAAGGUGCGAGGACCCUACUUACAGAGUCCUCUGAGCGAGAUUCUGAAAGUUAUUGACAAGACACUGAAGCCGGGCAUCUUGGACCAGCACGCCGCCGCGCAGCAGGCCAUCACUCGUGCAGAUCAGACCGUCAUGCGUUGCUACAACACUCUCUGGAGAAGCUUGAAUCAAUCCGACGUCAUUCUCCACUCCUUGGCUGAGAAGAGACAGGCGAUCAAGUCCUGCUAUAGCUCGGCCGCAGCCGAUUCGGCCGGCGUGGCCACGGCCCUUCUCAGUCUCCCUAGGUUAUUGACUGCUCGUGCGUCCGACUGCGAGAAUCUACUUGCAGCAUCCAAUGCAAGAGAGGCGCCUCUGCAAGCUUGGGCAGCCAGUUGCGAUCGUCAUGACGGUUCCAGUGUGGGGACCUAUCUCAUGAAGCAGCUCAUGCACUGGGAGGAUCUCCUCCAGCACUAUGACGACAUCGAGAAGCGUUGCAAGGAGUCGACGGCGAGCUAUGAGACCCAGGUCCUGAGGCGAAGCGCAGAGGAGUGUCACCAGCACGACGGAGCCGACUGUCGGCCCCUUCAAGUCGACAUGGAUGAAGCCGCUUGCCAACAGGCGCUGGAUCGAAUCGAAUCUUGCGGGACCUACGGCAGCUGCAUCAAGGCCAGACUCCCAGCCAGGGCCAGGGCCGGGAUGACUGCUCUCCACCCCUGCUCCCACCUCCAGACUUAA